AUGCUCCUCCUCCGGGCCAGCCCCGAGGUCAAACGACUGGCCUUGUUUGUCUCGUAUCAUGUCAGAAAUACUGUCCUUCUUCGGGCAGGUCUCAGGAGGCUCCCGCCGAUGCUACUGUGCGCGGCCACUUUCUGGUUGCUUGACCAUCUCUACACAGUCAAGGAGCACGCGAUCACCAACUGGGCCCGAGAGAACGGACUGGUCAUCGAGCGCCACUGCAGCUCCUUCUGCGAGAUCUUCCAGCUCGAGACCGGGAACACCGCCCCCGUACAGGAACAGAAGAUCAGAAUCAUCAUCCUGGUCCCUACACCCGACGUCGCCGAGGACACCGCCGACAACAUCGUCGUGCCCCCGGAGCUCGUGGCGGCGCCCGGCCAGCCCCCACGCGAGCGCAAUAUCGAGGAGCACCCCUGGUGGAGCACCGCCGGCCUGUACAAGCCCCCUCCACCCCCGCGGCCCGACACCCUCUACAAGUUCGCCAUCCGGUCUCCCAUCGGGGGCGGCCUCAAGGUCGACUCCAUCGUCCAGUGCUCGGUCGGCGACGCCAUCGUCCUCGGGGAGGGCCAGGAGAUCAAGGCGCUCGAGGGCGACCGCAGCUACAAGCCGGUGUCGUUCAUGCACGCUGAGCACCGCGCCAUCCAUGCGCCCUAUACCCCCAAUUUUGUUUACUGGCUCUAA